AUGAGCGUUCCAACCGACAUCCAGUUGCUAACUGAUGAGCUUCGCGCGGUCUUGAAGUGCUCGAUUCUCACCCCAGGCGCUAGCGGCUACGCAGAGAGCAUUCUGCGGUGGAACGACGCGGUCCCAAACGCUGCAGCACUCGUUGUAUUCCCAGAAUCCCCAGAGGACGUCUCAGCGAUCGUCCGCAGCUGCGUCAAAUAUAAGGUCUCCUUCGCGGUCGCCGCCGGCAAACAUACAACGAGCACCGGCUCCUCGUGCGAUGGCGGCGUGGUGAUCGAUCUGGCUCGUAUCAACCAUGUUGUGACGGAGUUGGAGACGAGGAUUGUGACGGUCGGCGGCGGCUGCCGCUGGAAGGAUGUCGAUGAUGCGCUCGUCGGACAGAAUCUGGCGAUGGUUGAGGGGAUCGUUAACGAUACGGGAGUUGGCGGGAUCACGCUGGGAGGGGGGUAUGGCUGGCUUGCUCCGCGGUAUGGGCUUAUUCUCGAUAACCUACUUGCGGCGACCGUUGUGCUAGCCGAUGGGAGUAUUGUCGUUGCUUCGAGGACCGAGAACUCCGAUCUUUUCUGGGCGAUCCGCGGUGCUGGGCAGUGCUUUGGUGUUGUUGUUGAGUUUGUCUUUCUGGCUCAUGAGCAUCGGGAUCCUGUCUGGGCUGGGUUGCUGGGGUUCACGCUGGAUCAGCUGGAGGCUGUUUUUGGGUUUGGGAAUAGGCUUGUUGAGAGUACGAAUGGGGACUCGGCUAUGGUUGUGCAGUUGUCGAGAUACCCCUUCUCGAGGCAGGGUCGCGAGGUGGGAAUCAUGGCCGUCGUGUUCCAUUAUGGCGACGCUGAGUCGGCUCAGGCCGUCUUCAAGCCUUUGCUUGAUCUUGGUCCGAUUGUGAACACUACCAUGGCUCAGACGUACGCGUCAGUCAACAAUAUGAUGACCGCAGAGGCGAAGCGUGGUGGUCGCAACGUGUCUAAGGGCGCCGCCUUCACGACACCACUGCGGCCGGAAUUCUUGCGGGAGGUGAUAGUUCCCGAAAUGGACAGGCUUCAAGCCGAGAUCCCAGGGUCAGAUCGGUCGAUAAUCGAAUUCGAAUUCUACAAGCCCGACAAAUGGUGUGAAGUUCCAGUCACAGCGACGGCUCACGGCCACCGAGGCCGCGUCCAGAACGUCAUGAUUGGCCUCUACUGGAACGACGAGCAGGACGACGUGCGCAUGGAGUAUUGGUCUCGCCAUAUCGCUGAUCUGGUCGCCGUAGAGCGGGCCACCCAUGGUCGGCCAGCGGAGGGGCCCGUUACGGAGUAUGGGAACUACGACCACCUGUCUGCCCAUGCGCGCGAUGUCUACGGCGUCAACUAUGCGCGGCUCGUUGAGCUGAAGAAGGUGUACGAUCCGGACAACGUGUUCAACAAGUGGUUUUCGUUGGUGGAGUAG